CGCGUCAGUAUGCGCCAAGCCUACGGAGGACCCAAACUGCCUCAGGAGCUUCGAGCUCAGGUCGGAGAUCCUGCAAAUCGCAGCAAAAACAAUGGCGCGCGCAAUGGCCAGUCGAAUCGCAAAGACCGGCGCAAGGCUGAUCGCGUAGAGAAGAAGGCUCAAAAGGUCAAAAGGGCACCUCCACCCGUUCAGUUCCCCGCUCGAGCUCGAAACGGCAGGCGCGAUGCACCAGACGAAGAGCCAGAGUCGGAAGUGGACUGGGAGGAGAGCGAUGAGGAGCCGGCGCCCGUGAAGAAAGAGCGCCAAACAUCUCCAAAGAGCAUCAUGAAGAAGAAACCUCAACAGUUCGAAGAGCCUUCACCGCCGCCUGCCAAAGUUUCUCGCACCGUCAAGGCCAAACUCGACCAGGAUGAUGCGGAAAUCAGAGCGCUUGAAAAGAGGCUUGGUGUCAAGAGCAAGAAGAGAUCGAAUGCAGACGAUGGGUUGGAUGCUAUAUUUGGCGAUCUAGGGGAUUUUAGUGACGAGGACGCGCUGGAGAGCCAACCUUCCAAGCGAAAGCGUACUGAAGACGACGACUGGCUUGCGAGCAAGAGGCGGAAGGCUCUCGGGGCUGCCACCGAGGAACCCAGCGACCAGGACUCUGAGUCUGACGAGCUCGAAGGAUUCGAUUCUGAUGAAGAAGAGGGCUCUGACGAAGAUCUGGACCUUGAUGAGGCGGAUUUCGACGAAGAUGACAUGGAGGACGAAGACGAUGAUCUCGGUUCUGGGGAAGACGGGGAUCUUGGCUCUGGAGAAGAAGAGGACAGCGAAGACGACGUGCAACCAACCAAACCUCGAAUACGGGAGAAUCCAUAUGUUGCGCCUGUUGCUCCUAAUGCACAACCAACAAAAUACAUCCCUCCAGCUUUGCGAGCACCACCCUCGUCGGAUGUCGAAGCUUUAUCACGUUUAAAGAGGCAAAUGAAGGGUCUGUUCAAUCGACUUUCAGAGGCCAACAUCCUCACAAUCUUGCGAGACUUUGAACAGAUCUAUCAGAACAACCCUCGAGGGUAUGUCAACACAACCCUUGUUGAUUUGCUUGUCGAAAUGCUCUCCGAUCCGACAGGACUUCCGGAUACGUUCCUCAUUCUGCAUGCUGGAUUCAUCUCGGCUGUCUACAAGGUUAUUGGGUCUGAUUUUGGUGCUCAGAUGGUGGAGCGCGUUGUCUCUGAGUUUGACCUGCAUUACCCAAACAAUAAGAACGGAUCUGGGAAACACACGACGAAUCUCAUGUCGGUAGUAGCGGAACUGUACACGUUUCAAGUCAUUGGUAGCAAUCUGGUGUUUGACUACAUUCGGUUCUUCCUUGACGAGCUGUCAGAGAUUAACACGGAGCUCCUUCUAAGAGUUGUGCGAGCAGCUGGUCCACAACUCCGACAAGAUGACCCAACUUCUUUGAAGGAUAUCGUUGUUCUACUCCAGAAGUCAGUGGCCAAGGUGGGCCAAGCUACUCUGCCCGUUCGAACGAAGUUUAUGAUAGAGACAAUUAACGAUCUCAAGAACAACAAGAUGAAGACCGGUAUCGCUGCUUCUGCGAUAGCCCGAGAACACACGACACGCAUGAAGAAACAACUGGGCACACUGAGCUCGCGAAACCUCAAGGCGACGGAGCCGCUGCGUAUAGGCCUGCAGGAUAUUAGAGACUCCGACAAGAAGGGCAAGUGGUGGCAAGUUGGAGCGAGCUGGCGUAACACCGCUAGCAAAGAAGAGACUGGCGAAGAUAACAAAGAGUCUGGUCGCAAGCAGGCUGCUAUAGACGAAGACGAGGACGAUGAAGUCGACCUCGCCCAACUUGCUCGGGAACAACGCAUGAACACAGACGUUAGACGGGCCAUCUUCGUGUCCAUCAUGUCCGCCAGCGACUUCAAAGACGCACAAAUUCGUCUCAGUAAGCUCAAUCUCAAGAAGUCACAAGAGACGGAGAUUCCUAGGGUCAUUGUGCAUUGUGCAGGCUCUGAGAAGAUAUACAACCCAUACUACACCGUCCUGGCGCGAAAAGUGUGCUCCGACCACAAAACACGGAAAGCGUUCCAGUUUGCGCUGUGGGACAUUUUUAAGAGCCUGGGCGAACGGCAGGACGGGGGUGAGGACUCUGAUGAUGAGCAGGACGAGGCAAAGGAUGCAACGUCUCUGCCGAAGCUCGUCAACCAAGGCAAACUCUACGGCACGCUGAUUGCGAAAGAUGCCCUUCCCGUCACCAGUCUCAAGAACCUGAACUUUCCAUAUCUUCAACCAAAGACAAAGACGUUUAUUGAAAUCAUGCUGGUCACGGCGAUCCUUGAGUCGCAGAAGGGUGUCAAGGGCAAACGAGAGUCAAAGAGGUUGCUGGAAGUUUUUGUCAAUGUGGACCAGGCGCCGGAAAUGAUUGCUGGGCUGCAGUUCUUCGUCAAAAAGGUGGUGCGCAAGACGGAUAUUGUGGAGGGGGGCGAGAAGGAGACGGUCAAGUGGGGGUGCAAGGCUAUCAUGGAUAUGCUGACGCGGUCGUGCCAUCCACGACUUCUCUUGGUUCCAGCUCUCUCGCCCGCCACAAUGUUCCGGUCGCUUGCUCCCCGCGCCCUCCAGAGGGCCACACGGCCCGUCUCGCAAAGCACAUUCUGCGCGCAGAACAUCUACUUCCAGAGGUCACGACGAGGCUAUGCCACCGAAGCCGAGGAGAAGGAUCUCGUCAUCAUCGGUGGCGGUGUUGCCGGAUAUGUCGCAGCCAUCAAAGCUGGACAGGCCGGCCUGAAGGUCGCCUGUAUCGAGAAGCGCGGCUCUCUCGGCGGAACUUGCCUGAACGUCGGAUGCAUCCCCUCCAAGUCGCUCCUCAACAACUCGCAACUCUACCACCAGAUUCUCCACGAUACCAAGGGCCGCGGUAUCGAGGUCGGCGAUGUCAAGCUGAACCUCCCCGCCAUGAUGAAGGCAAAGGACACGUCCGUGGCCGGCUUGACAAAGGGCAUCGAGUUCCUCUUCAAGAAGAACAACGUCGAGUACAUCAAGGGCACUGGCGCUUUCCAGGACGAGCACACCGUCGCUGUCAACCUCGUCGAGGGCGGAGAGACGACUGUACGCGGCAAGAACAUCCUGAUCGCCACCGGAUCCGAGGCAACACCUUUCCCCGGUUUGACCAUCGACGAGCAGAAGGUCAUUACCAGCACCGGUGCUAUCGCGCUCCAGGAGGUGCCCAAGAAGAUGGCUGUCAUUGGUGGUGGUAUCAUCGGUCUCGAGAUGGCCUCUGUCUGGUCCCGCCUGGGUUCAGAGGUCACCGUCGUCGAGUUCUUGGGUCAGAUUGGUGGCCCUGGUAUGGACAACGAGAUCGCCAAGCAGACCCAGAAGCUGCUCUCCAAGCAGGGCCUGAAAUUCAAGCUCAACACAAAGGUCAUGGCUGGUGAGGUCUCCGACUCCAGCAUCAAGGUCAGCGUCGAGGCCGCCAAGGGCGGAAAGGAGGAGACUCUUGACGCUGAUGUCGUUCUCGUUGCUAUCGGUCGUCGCCCGUACACUGCUGGUCUGGGUCUCGACAACGUUGGUCUUGAGACCGACGACAGGGGCCGUCUGAUCAUCGACCAGGAGUACCGCACCAAGGUUCCCCACAUUCGCGCCAUUGGAGACUGCACUUUCGGCCCUAUGCUGGCCCACAAGGCUGAGGAGGAGGCCGUUGCUGCCAUCGAGUACAUUACCAAGGGUUACGGUCACGUCAACUACGGCGCCAUUCCUUCCGUCAUGUACACUCACCCUGAAGUCGCUUGGGUUGGUCAGAACGAGCAGGAGCUGAAGGCCGCCGACGUCAAGUACAAGGUCGGAAACUUCCCCUUCUCCGCCAACUCGAGAGCGAAGACCAACCUCGAUACCGACGGCAUGGUUAAGUUCCUCGCGGACGCCGAAACUGACCGGAUAUUGGGUAUUCACAUCAUCGGACCCAACGCUGGUGAGAUGAUUGCUGAGGGUACCCUUGCGCUCGAAUAUGGUGCCAGCUCAGAGGACGUCGCACGAACAUGUCACGCCCACCCUACGCUCGCCGAGGCCUUCAAGGAGGCUGCCAUGGCCACAUACGACAAGGCCGUCCACUACUAGAUUCCCAGUUUCUUGGUUUGAGGUUUUUCUUUCAGCACCAACGGCAUGAUUCUUCGAGCUUCCGAGCGGGGAGUUUGUGAAUAG